CCGAAAAGCGGCCCCGCCCACGGAGAAGGCCGAGCGAGUAGGCCUGCCAAACAAUGGCUGCCCGAGAUGCGCAUGCGCCAAGCCGUGCGUCCCUUCAAAAGUCCGCGUCCUCCCACAGAGCGAUGGCCUAUUCUAGGGGUCAGGGCCUGUCUGCGUAGGUUGGAGGAAGGAGGCGAAGGAAGGCCAGGAUGCCGCAAAGGCCCGGAGAAGAGGAGGAGGAAGAGCGGCGGCUGCGCUCGCUGAACAGCCGGGAGCCCUGCCAGGUCAUUUUCUGCAACCGGACGCCGCGGGUGGUGAGCCCCGUCUGGCUGGACUUCGAGGGCGUGCCGCGGCCCUACCCCAGCCUCAAGCCCGGCACCGGGCGCAGGAUGCACAGCUACCUGAAACACCUUUGGUUGUUCAGAGAUGCUGGGACUGAUGAUAGUCUCUUGGUCAACCAGGCAGAGCUGUUUGUGGCAUCUCACAAUACAAAUGGACAGCCCAUAUUUGCAAAUAUUACAUUACCAGUGUUCACUUUGAAAGAAAGAUGUCUUCAAGUUGUUCGCACUUUAGUAAAGCCAGUCGACUAUCGGAAAUUGGACAUUGUUCGGUCCCUGUAUGAAGAUCUCGAGGACCAUCCAGACAUUGGGAAGGAUCUUCGGCGGCUUUCUUUGGAGAGGUUAAGGAACGAAAACCCUGAUAGAAAUGAAGAGUUAUGGAGACCCAGAUAAAAAAAUGAAGAGGGACAGAGAUCAUGAUAGAAGUGAAGAAUAUCUGAAAAAGUUACUUUUGCUAAUAAACUGAGGCACGCAAGAAGGAUUAACUGUUCUUUAUGAACUGAACAUUACCCUUUUGUUGCAAUAUGGGACAUAGGCUUCUUCUGAUAUAGCUACACUAACAUCGUUCUCUGAGGACGCCUAUAGUCACAUGACAGUGAAAUGAGAGGCAACCAUGAUGGUUGGAAAUACUUGGCUAAAUCCGUGUAAACUUUGGUCCAAGUAUGCUUUUUUUUUCAAAUUGCACAUUUGACAAAGAUGUUGUCAUAUGGCUCCUUUAUUUAAUCAUUUUGUUAUAGUUGGUUAUGAAACACCUUUUAUUGAGUAAGUUAGAUCUCAUACUGAAGGAUAAGUUAAUCUUACGUUGUAAUUCAGUAAGUAAUUAUUAAGUAUGAGAAGUUACUACUGGGUGCAUUGGUUCUAUCUUGUCCCAGUUGUUUCUCAUAAGUCAUUCUGUUUCAGAUGAUGCUUUCAUUACAUAGAAUCUGUAUUCUUCUGCUAUACUUUACUUAUCUUUAGGUACUGUAAACAUGGUGUAGUAGAAACAGAGUCUGAAGUUAUAUUUGCUUUUGGAGAACAAAACAAGAACUUGAUAAGCCUAUUGUGCAGACAAGUUACUAAACCUGGUCACAAGUUUCCUCUGAAUUAUAGAAGUAAAUGGAUAUGAAUAUAAUAGCCUGGCUAUUUUUAGAUGCACCAAGCAUGCUUGAAUCUCUGGUCACAAUGUGAAAAAGAGCAAAAGUCUCCUUGAUUUUCCUAACCUCUCCUCAGCUCUGUACAUUCCUCUACACAUUCCUGAGGCAUUACAAACCUGGUUUGUGAAAUAUAUUUGCUUUGGUUUAUAGAAGCAUUACAAUUGAACUAUUGUCCUAUUUUUCAGUACCUUGUGUUUGCAACUGUUGUGUCUUGUAUGACUAUGCAAUUGUCAAAUCAUUAUAUAUUAUCUUUAACAUUCAAUUUUGUACACUUAAUUCCGGCUAAAAAUGUAUCCUGCAAAGGAACCUGUGAAAUGGAAUUGCUAGCAACAUCAUUGUCUACUUUAUUUGUUGAAAUGUGUGUUACUUUCUGUAAAGUUACUGGUUUGUGAUGGUGGAUAUAUAUAUUGGCUUUGCUCUGUAAACUUGUUCAAAAAAACCCUUGAAUUUCUUCGUA